AGCCGCUGUCGCUCGCUUGUUUGCUCACAGUGGUUGUUUGUAGAGAACUCUAUCGAAUUCCACACCGGCAGAUAUUCGAGGCUCUUCUCGGUGGAGGUUUUUCAUCAUCUUUUAUACUCCAAACAGUCAUAACAAACUCCUACCCUGCCUGGAAUCACACCAGAAUUAUGCGCUUCCCAGCAAUUCAAGUCUUCGCAGCCGCCGCGGCGAUACUGCAUUGCUCCGUCGCAGGUCCUCUGUCGUCUCCUGCUGCCGCGCAAUGCAACGCCCAGCGCCGCAUCGAGAUUGCCAAAGAAGCCGUCUACGCAAUCCAGAAGCCGACCGCUGCCGAGUCGACGGCCGCGUACGAGGCAUUGGCAUUCUCGCCCGACGCGAGGAUCAUCAUAAACCCCAAUGAAAUCGGCGACAUCCCCGUCUCCCUGGAGCGGCAGACCUCGAUCGGCUUUCUGGCCAUUAUAUACCAAAUCGUCACGGACGUGCACACGGAUAAAUAUCUGAACAUCGACGACACGCAUUCCUUCUUCAACGUCACCGGCGACCUCGGCCUAUUACACAAGAUCCCCGUCCCCGCACAUGUCUUCUUCGAUGUGUUUCUGACGUAUACCCUGGUUCCCUGUGCGCUGCAAGUCGUGCACGUGUAUGCCCAGGUGCCGUCGGAUGUGCUGGGUGUGUUUGUCGAUAUUGCUACGGGGGUGUCGCCGACGCCGCGGCCGCCGGUGCUGGGGUAGUCUGGUGGUGGUGAUGGUGGUAGUGGUGCUGGCGAAGAGGGUUGGUGGUCGUGGUGGGUGUAGCGGGCGGGAGAUUGGGGUAUAUAUAUAAGGGGUUUAGAAUGAGGUAACUCCAUGGCGACUUUAUUCGACCCUGCAAUGUAUCGUAGAUAUUAUCAAGUAAAAUGUCCCCUGACCCCUCUUCCCCCGGGCAGACUCCACAAGCUUCGAUGGCGUGGAAAAUGGCAUGGAAGAAGACUUUGCAAGAGUGAUGAGAUUUUUAGAUUUAUAGACAAUGUCUAAUGACACGGCGGUUCGGAAGUGCGUGAGAAGUGGAAAGGCUUUAGGGGACGUUCGCUGUGGACGGCUUGGGACUGUAUGAUGUUACAUCUUUAUCCGUGGUAAGAUGUUAAACGCAAUGACUUAAUGUGAUAGAAG